AUGUCACACAAUCUCGAAGAGAGCCCCGGUGAUGAUGAUCAUCGGCAAUCCCAACCCACCGAGGCAGAACAGGGCAUAUCAAGAUAUGGAGAUCGAGCUGACUCUGAUUUUGUGCAACGACCCAAAAAUACGGAUGGCACACUACAGCCCAGCAAAGACAAGGAGUCCCUCCGUAACAAGAAGUCUCCGGAGCCGAGGAAGUUCUAUCUCGUAACUCACAACUCGGGAGACGACGAGAGGCACCGUGGGAGCGAGUCUUCAUACUCGUAUGAGUCAGUGAAUCUUGAACAACCCUUUCGCUUCGGCGAGUUCAAUACACUCGUCGGAGAGUCUUUACCUUCUCUGUCAACACGGGACAGUACUAGUGCUCCCAGAGUCAGCUUUUCAGACCCGGCAACCAUCCCCAUCAGUGGACAUGCCAGUUCUUCAUCCUCGUUCCACGAAAAGCCAACCACUGUUGAGCCACGGGGGAUCCCAUCCCAACUCCUGCCCCGAGCCAGCAGCAUAACCAGUUUCGGCUUCAUCGAUGACGGUGAGGACACCAUCAUCUCCUGGGAAGAAAACGACCCAGAAAACCCGUACAACUGGUCCUCCGGCAGGAAAGCCGCCAUCUUGCUGACGGCCGUCAUGUUGAUCCUCAACUCGUCCAUGGGCAGCGCCCUGCCCAGCAACGCCAUCCCCUUUAUUGUGGAGGAGUGGAAGAUCGAGUCGGAGCAGGAGACGGUCCUGCCCAUUUCCAUCUACCUGAUCGGUGAGGCCUUGCAGUAUUUUAGUUAUUUCUCGCAAAGACUGACGGAUUUAGGCUAUGUGAUGGGUCCGAUCUUGUGGGCGCCGCUAAGCGAGCAGUAUGGGCGCAGGAGAUUGAGUAUCGGGACGUUUGCCAUGUUUACUUUGUUUACGUUGGCGUGUGCAUUGGCUCCUCAUUGGAUUUCCUUUAUCAUCUUCAGACUGUUUUCGGGCAUCUUUGCAAGUGCGCCUAUUGCGCUGGUGCCGGGGAUUAUUGCGGAUAUUUACAAUGAACCGAGGCAGCGUGGGAGAAGCAUGGGGAUUUUUAUGGCUACUACAGUCUUCGGCCCUCUCAUCGCCCCCAUCAUCUCCGGCUACGCGGCCACCACCAUCGGCUGGCGCUGGGCCUUCUGGAUCGGCCUCAUGUACGCCGGCCUGACCCUCCUCCCUCUCUUCUUUUUGUUGCCCGAAACCUACGGCCCCAUCCUCCUCCUCCGUCGCGCCCAGCACCUACGACUCACCAACCCCAACGCCCACGUCGUCGCCCCCCGCGAACUCGAAGACACCCAACACUCCCUGUCCGAACUCACCACCAUCGUCCUCACCCGGCCCAUCCGCAUGAUCCUCAUGGAACCCAUCGUCUCCACCAGCUGCGCUUACAUCUCCCUCUGCUACGCCAUCUUCUACAUGACCUUUGAAGCCUACCCCUUCAUCUUCAUCGACCUGUACGGCCUCACCCCCGGCCAAUGCGGGCUCACGUACCUCGCCAUCGGCGUCGGCUGCUUGAUUGCCCUCCCGAUCUUCAUGGCAUGGGACUCCAUACUCACCCGCGCCCGGCACCGCAACGCCCCCUGGACUCGCCAGGAAGAAUACCGUCGCUUGCCACUCGCUUGCCUCGGCGGCCCCAUGUUCGUCGUCAGUCUCUUCUGGCUGGGCUUCACUUCCCGUUUUUCAGUCCCCUUCUGGAUCCCCAUGCUAAGCGGGAUCCCCUUCGGCAUGGGCUUCAUGUGCGUGUUUCAGGCGCUGCUGAACUACUUGACAGACGCGUACGAGAUCUUUGCCGCGUCAGCGAAUGCGGCGGCUUCGUGCUCGCGGUCGUUGUUAGCGACGCUCUUACCGCUGGCGACGGCGCCCAUGUUCCAUCGCUUGGGCAUUGCGGGCGCAUGUUCGUUGUUGGGUGGAUUGAGUCUGUUGAUGACGAUGAUGCCGUUUAUUUUCCUGUGGCAGGGGGAGAAGAUUAGAAGGAGUUCCAAGUUUUGUUUGUUGUUGAGGGAACGGAGGGAGGAGAUGGAGAGGAAGAUUGAGGAGCAGAAGAGAAGGAGGACGGGAAUCAUGAUGACGAUUAGGAUGAGUGGUGUGCCACCGCCGGCGUCGUCGUCUGCUGCUGUUGCUGCUGCUGCUGGCUUGCGAUUCUCGGCUUAUGGAGAAGGUAUGGCGAGGACGGAGACGAGGGGGGAGGCGGGGAGGGUGCUGGGAGGAGGAGGAGCUAUGGUGGACAUUGCGGAGGAGGAGCAGCAAGGGAUGAAGAAGGAUGUGGAAAAGGGAAUGAUGGAGAUGGACAAAGGGAAGGAGAUGGAGAUGGAGAUGGAGGGGAGGAAGAGUUCUUCAAGUGGCAGCAACUACUCAAGCCACAGUGAACGAAGAUGCAUUCAGGCGGGUGAUGGUAGGAGGGGGACUGGCGAUGUGGUGAAUCAUGUCUUUGAGUGCCCGGACUACGAAGGAGCUGAUGAGGUGGGCGAGUCCUCAUUCAGUCACGACCAUGACCCUCCUCCGCCUGGUUCAGGUUCAAGAAGUGGUGGCUCGUCAGCUACCGUGGCGGUUAGUCCUCCACCGCCUCGGAUCACUGGUACACCUCAUGACGAUGAUGAUAGCGAUGAUGAUGGAGGGGGGAAGUUGAAUGGAGACGGGCUUGUUAUUGGAAGUCGGGAAGGAAACGAAAGGAAGAAAGAUGAAUGA